CUGCGCGUGCCGUUGCUCAUCUGUCACCCCAGGCAGCUGUCGGCGGCGGCAGAUCAAGAUGCUGCACCUACUAUGGACCGCGCUGUCUGGAACCCCCUGGGCUGCCCUGGCCUGCUGCGUGGUGGCGGCCGCGGUGGUCCAGCGAUGGUCCCGGCACCGGACGGCUCGGGGCGCGGCGGCCCGGGCGCGACAGAGGCAGCAAGCGGGCCUGGAGACCAUGGACAAGGCGGUGCAGCGCUUCCGGCUCCAGAACCCUGAUCUGGACUCAGAAGCACUGCUGGCCCUGCCCCUGCCUCAGUUGAUGCAGAAGUUACACAGUGGGGAGCUGUCCCCAGAAGUUGUACUCUUCACCUAUGUAGGAAAGGCCUGGGAAGUGAACAGAGAAGUCAACUGUGUGACCUCCUACCUGGCUGACUGUGAGCCGCAGCUAGCACAGGCCCCACGGCAGGGUCUGCUCUAUGGCGUCCCUGUGAGCCUCAAGGAGUGCUUCAGCUACAAGGGCCAGGACUCUACGCUGGGCUUGAGCCUUAACGAGGGGUUGCCUUCGGAGUGCGACAGUGUCGUGGUGCAGGUGCUGAAGCUGCAGGGGGCCGUGCCCUUUGUGCACACCAACGUCCCCCAGUCUAUGUUCAGCUAUGACUGCAGUAACCCCCUGUUUGGCCAGACCACAAACCCAUGGAUGUCCUCCAAAAGCCCAGGUGGCUCCUCAGGAGGAGAGGGGGCCCUCAUUGCAUCAGGAGGCUCCCCCCUGGGCUUAGGUACUGAUAUUGGAGGCAGCAUUCGUUUCCCUUCUGCCUUCUGUGGUAUCUGUGGCCUCAAGCCUACUGGGAACCGACUCAGCCUCAGUGGCUUGAAGGGCUGUGUCUAUGGACAGAUGGCAGUGCAGCUUUCUGUUGGCCCAAUGGCCCGGGAUGUGGAGAGCCUGGCACUGUGCAUGAGAGCCUUGCUGUGUGAGGACAUGUUCCGUUUGGAUCCCACAGUUCCACCCAUGCCCUUCAGGGAGGAGGUCUACAGAAGCUCUCGGCCCCUGCGUGUGGGGUACUAUGAGACCGACAACUAUACCAUGCCUAGCCCAGCCAUGAGGCGGGCGGUGCUGGAGACCAAGCAGAGCCUUGAGGCUGCUGGCCACACGCUGGUUCCCUUCUUGCCAAGCAACAUAUCCUAUGCUCUGGAGACUCUGUCCACAGGUGGGCUGUUCAGUGACGGUGGCCACAGUUUCCUGCAGAAUUUCAAAGAUGAUUUUACGGAUCCCUGCUUAGGGGAAUUGAUCUUAGUUCUGAAGCUGCCCGGGUGGUUUAAAGGACUUCUGGCUUUCCUGCUGAAGCCUCUGUUUCCACGGUUGGCGGCCUUUCUCAGCAACAUGAGGUCUCGGUCAGCUGGAAAGCUCUGGGAGCUGCAGCAUGAGAUGGAGGUGUACCGCAACUCUGUGAUUGCUCAGUGGAGAGCGCUGGACCUGGAUGUUCUGCUGACCCCUAUGCUGGGCCCUGCUCUGGACUUGAAUGCCCCAGGAAGGGCCACAGGGGCUGUCAGCUACACUAUGCUCUACAACUGCCUGAACUUCCCUGCGGGGGUGGUGCCUGUCACCACGGUGACUGCUGAGGACGAAGCCCAGAUGGAACACUACAGGGGCUACUUUGGGGAUAUCUGGGACCAGGUGCUACGGAAGGCCAUGAAGAAGAGCGUGGGGUUGCCCGUAGCUGUACAGUGCGUGGCUCUGCCCUGGCAGGAAGAGAUGUGUCUACGGUUCAUGCGGGAGGUAGAGCGGCUGAUGACCCCUAAAAAGCAGCCGUCCUGAGGGACUCUCACCUGCCCAUCUCUGGAGGACCUGAGGCCCAUGUGCUCCGCUUUAUUCAGGACACUGUCACCUGAGAGGAAAUGUCCAGUGUGGGGCAGAGGCAUCCACCUCCUCUCCCCUGAACCCCUGUGGGAACUCAGGCCCCCCCCACCAAGCCUAGACCUUAUUCCUCUCUCUGGUUCCCUCUUCAUCCCGAUCCCCUACCUCAUGUGGCAGCCAGUAGCCAAGGCCUAUCAACAGUUAAGAAAUAA